AUGGCUAUUGACGAAGAGACGAAAGUCGAUACUUCUCGACCACUCGAGCAGUUAACUCCAAACUCGGAUGGAAGCACGACCACGAUCGAUGCCGAACCAACAGUUCCUACAGAGGCGGAGGGAGGUUUGUCCAAGGAACAACAAGGGAUACGCAAGCACCUGAUUGCACUAAGCAUUGUGCUAUGCCAGCUUAUUGUGGCUCUCCCUUUCGGUUCCGGCCUUUUGAUCUCAUAUACCAUUCCCCAAAAGCUGGGGUCUGACCCAAGCCUGGGUAUUUGGAUUGCUGCAUCAUAUCCGCUGACGGAGGCGACUUUUGUCCUAAUGGGUGGCCGUGUUGGAGCUGUCCACGGCCACAAGAAAGUUCUCAUCAUCGGCGGCACCAUCUACGUUUUGUUCAAUCUCAUCUCGGGGUUUAUGCGAACCGUCUCGACCAUAAUCGUCAUGCGAGCUCUUAGUGGCGUGGGAGCUGGCAUAAUCGUUCCGAAUGCUAUUGCCCUGCUUACGACAUCGUUCCCGCCGGGCAUAGGCCGCUUGAUCUGGGUAGGGCUGUUUGGAGCGAUGGCUCCUGUCGGUGCUGGCGGUGGUUCCAUAUUCCCAGGCUUCUUUGGCCAGCUGCUGCCUUGGUGGUGGCUCUUUUUCUUCUUUGCCAUUGCCGGAACCGUUGUCUUCACGGCUGCUGCGAUUCUUGUCCCCUCUGAAGAAGUUACAAUGGAUCCGAAUGGCAAGGUUGACUAUAUCGGGUCGUACUUUGGCGUUGGCGGCCUGAUUCUGUUCAACUGCGCCUGGACAGAGGCUGCCAUCAAGGAAUGGAAGGUCGAUUAUGUUUACAUCAUCUUCAUCCUGUCUGUGCUUCACAUGGCCCUAUUUUUACUAUGGGAAGCAAGAUUUGCAAAGGAACCAAUAUUGCCGCUUUCAGUCUGGUCUGCGCCAUCGUUUAAGCCCAUGCUACUCUCCGCCUUCUUCACAUUUAUGAGCACGGGCAUUCUCUUCUACUAUAUAACUCGAUGGCACGUGGACAUCCGCCACUACUCCAACCUGCUCAACGCUGCAUCCUUUGCGACUUUUACGGUCAUGGCAACGCUCGCCUGUGGAAUAAGUGCUAUUUGCGUGCGAUAUAUGCCUGCACAGCUUGUGAUGGCGAUAGGGACGGUUUCGGCUCUGGUUGCGGGUAUUUUGCUGGCGACAAUGCCCGUCCAUCAGAAUUACUGGCCGCAGGAGUUUCCAGCGCUGUUCAUAUUGGGAUUCAGCCCCGACUUUAUCUUUACGGCCGCGCAGAUAAUCACCAGCAACAGUGUCAAGCGCAAUCUGCAGGGCGUGGCUGGAUCUCUCGUCGGUACGAUUCAGCUGUACGGCUUGGGCACGGGUCUGGGGUUUGCUGGCACUAUUGAGAUUUACACGAACAGGCACGGCGCUGAUCCGAUUGGCGGAAUUAGACACGCUCUGUGGUUCUCGGUUGCUCUGGCUGCUGCAGCGACGUUGAUGUGUGUCUUGAUUCGGAUUCCCAAGGAUGAGCGCGAGGGCUGGGAUGAAGAUGAAGUGGAGGGCCAUGCCUGA